UAUUGCAAACAACCAUGUUGUUAACAUACUUCAUUGCCAUAUUCGCGUUCGCCUCAGCUAACACUGUGGUGCCCAUAGUCUCUACUAGGGGGUUUCUUGAAGAUCAAAUCAACAAUACCUUAAACAAAGUAGCUGCGGAUUUGGCAAAGAAAGAUCCUUACAUAAUACCUGAACUAACUCAGACCAUCGAUAAUGGUACCAUAAGGCUGAAUUUUACGGCAAAGGACAUGCAAGUGCAUGGAAUUUCAAAAUUUGUGGCCAAAGAGCUUAAAGUGACCAUGUUCCCGCCAACUAUUGCAAUUGUAAUAGCUUUCGAAAACUUAACAGUUUCUAUUGGCGAAUAUGACUUAAGCAUGAAAGCCAGCUUUGUCCCGUUGUAUGGUCAUGGAAAUUUGACACUAACGUCACAAAAUAUUGUGUUGAAUUGUUCAGCCGCCGCAAGUUUUAGCCCACUUGGAAUUAAGGAUUUAAAUCUUGGUUUCAACUUGGAUACCGUUGAUCUUCAUGUGACUGGUCUUUUAAACAAUGAAGGAUUCAGUCAGAUUAUCAGUUCGGCCAUAUCAGAAGUCCUCCCAGGGUAUGUACAGAAGUAUGGCGUGGUUAUUGGAAAACUUAUAUCAAAACCAGUGGAAGACUUAAUCAACGAUCUUAUACCGAUAAAAUUAACGAGGGUUAAGAUGAUUUAAUUUGAGCAUUAUCAUAUCAGUUAUGAUUAAUAAAGAUUGGAUAUAAAUUAUCUUAUUAA